AUGUUUUUGGUGCUUAAAAGGUUGUCUUCUGUAGUGGUGUUAGACGAAGACAAACGACUGGCAAAAAGACGUCUGAUUGAGGCGAAUCGGGCUCGAAAGCAGGCAGAGGCGGCUAUGGCCGCGCCCCAGCAGCCACCUCCAACACAGCCACUCCCACAAUCGAGGUCAAAUUUAAUGCCCAACACAUUUUCACCGACUACUUCUUAUCUCCCUCACAAGCCGGAACCGAUUACUCCCCCCGAUUUCCUUUUAUCAUCGCCUUCGUCAUCAGCGAACAACUCAAAUCUUUAUUGGAAUUCGGCAGGAGUUCCUCACAACCUGCCUCAACAACAGUUUCCUUCACCGCCUCCUAGCACUGCAAUGGCGCAGUAUCAACAACCGCAACAACAGCCUCAGUCUGAGGCAAAUUUUCAUAUCCUGGAGCAGGUUUCACAAUCGGUAACGUUGGAGAAAACUGCGUUUAUGGCAGCAAUCGCAGCAAUCAAGGUGCCAACUUCAACGUCGGUCUCGCCUCAGAAGUGCGAUACUCCUACCAACACCACCAUUACAGCAACUACAGCAACCAGCCCCUCCACGACUUUGGAGGCCAAAGUGCGGAAUACCUCGGCAGCGAUGACUGCACCAUUAAUGGAGUCGGAGGCUCCAACGAAGGCUGCAGCAAUAGCAGUGUCCAGCUCCGAUGAAGUUCCGCUACCUGCUCCAGGUUCGGAUUCCUCUGCUGCCAGCGAGACCUCUUCAGAUUCAACCGAUAGUGGAAAUGAGGUGGAAUGCAUUCAGAUAAAACAAUCCAGCUUCGAUGAGAUUCUUAAAUCGCUAACCGACGCCUACAAAACGAUGCCCAUCAGCUCUGUGAAAAUUGAGGAAACAGUGAAAACGAUAAGUGAGAAUGCAGAUGCCAACCAAUCGGAAAAGAUGAAUACUCUACUAAAUAUGGUGUCAAAUGUCAUUAAAUUGCGGGUCAUGGACACCUUGUCGUUUGCCAAAUUCAUACCCGGAUUUUUGUUGCUCUCUGUCCGAGAUCAGACACAAUUGCUUCAAUCCUCUCUCCUCGACAUUCUCAUACUGCGGGCUGCAGAUGCUCUCGCCAGGACAAUGGCAAGGGCAGCUGCCAUGGGUGGGGAUGGUGGUGCCAAAAAUAUCAACCUAUUAGCCACGGCAUGCAGGGGUUACGCUUUUAUUUCCACAUCCACCGACAAACAUUCGACUGCUAUUCGUAACAUUGCCAGGCACAUUUUUAUUAACAAAGUGGACGCAACAGAGCUUGCUCUCGUGGCCGGUAUUCUUCUAACUUCAGAUCGUAGUUGUAUUAAACACUGUGGUCCUGUAACUGCCAUUAAGACAGUACUGAGCAACAUGCUGGCCUCCUACGUGAUGAAGGACGGUUCAGAAGGUGUCAAGCUCAGAAAAGUGUUUUCUAUGUUCACGAAGAUUCACAAGGUUUCGAUCCACAAUAAGGAGGGGUUCAUGAAGCAUUUAUACUUCGAUACGGACGUCAUUGAAAACAAGUAUUUAAGCGAAAUUCUAGUGGCCCAAUGUGAAGAUGAGGAGUGCCAAGAUGUGGCCACUUCUUCUGCUUCAUCAAAGCGUGUACCUAAGACGUAA